UCCGCUCGGUCGACUCUCCCUCCCUCUUGCCGUGCGGAUCCGUCUCGCCGUAGUCGUCCACCGAUAUAAGUGCGAUUGUGAUUAUUUUCUAUCUUCCCGAUCUUCCCUCGUAUAUCGUUGACGCGGCGAGUGCGCGGUAAACUGCGGCUGUAAACAAUGGCGGAUCAGCAAGAAAACAAGGACUUCAGUGACGACGUGGCGGAGCAAAAUUUCGAGAAGAACGGCGAGGCCGAGAGCGGCGGUACCGGCGGUGGCGGCGGGGACGCCGUGGAGAAUGGCCAGGACUCGCAGGAGGACAGGAAAUUAUUUGUCGGUGGCUUGAGCUGGGAAACUACUGACAAGGAAUUACGAGAACACUUUAGCACAUAUGGCGACAUUGAGAGUAUUAAUGUCAAAACAGAUCCUAACACAGGAAGAUCGAGAGGUUUCGCCUUCAUUGUCUUUGCCAAGGCAGAAGCUCUCGACAAGAUCAUGUCAGCCGGUGAUCAUGUUAUCAACAACAAAAAAGUCGAUCCUAAGAAAGCGAAAGCCAGGCACGGAAAGAUCUUCGUCGGUGGCCUCUCGACGGAACUUUCCGACGACGAUAUCAAGAAGUUUUUUUCACAAUUUGGAAAUAUCGUCGAGGUAGAGAUGCCGUUUGAUAAGACAAAGAACCAAAGGAAAGGUUUCUGCUUCAUUACGUUUGAAUCCGAGCAAGUGGUCAACGAACUUCUCAAGACGCCCAAACAGACUAUCAAUGGAAAAGCUGUGGAUGUAAAGAAGGCGACGCCUAAAUUGGAUGGGAUGGGCGGUAUGCGUGGCGGGAUGAUGGGCCGAGGUAGAGGUGCCCGUGGCGGUCGGGGUCGCGGAUUCGGCGGACAAGGUGGUUGGGGACAGGGCUACGGAGGCGGUUAUGGCGGUGGCUACGGACAAGGCGGCUACGGCGGUGGGUACGACGGUUACGGUGGAUACGAUUACUACGGCGGCGGUUACGGCGGUUACGGUGGUUAUGAUUACAGCGGAUAUGGUGAUGGCUAUGGCUAUGGCGGUGGUAAUUACGAAGGUGGCUACGCGGGCGGUCGCGGUGGUGUACGCGGUAAAGGUGGCUCAGGCUACGGCGGCAAGCAGAGAGGAGGUGGUGGUGGUGGUGGUCGUCAAAAUCAGAGGCACCAGCCGUACUAACGAAAAUCCUCACUCGCGAACGCAGUGCAAUUCGCGUUGUAACCGCUGGUACUCUUCCUCACUACUACCGAUCUCUUCAUUCGUCCAAUCAUCAUUCCAUUAAGCCGCGCCCCCCUCCCCUAGCAAGAAUUUCGACAAUUUUUCAACAUUGUGGACAGCUGCUGCUACGAAAAAUCCAAUCACCGAAAAAAAAAACCACGAGACCGAAGAACAGCAGUAGUGAUUUCAUUUUUGUAUUUAACCUCCGAUUUAUUAUCCCGCGUCUAUAUGCUUUCCUUUCUGCCGUUUGUAGUAAUGGAGCUUGUGUCUCAUUUCUCUCUCUCCUUUUUAAUAGUGCGUUUUCUUCGGUAGAAAAGCAAGCAUAUAAAAACCAUCGACAGAUUUUUGAAUGUAAUACCGAACAAAGCAGUGAAGUAUCCAACAGUAUAACAAUCUUGCAAGAAAAAAAAAGUAAUGCCGUAUGAUAGAUAAUGGAAUAAGAAUAGUUGUAUAAAGAUACAAUGUAAGCACGACAAAACACGUGCCUCGUGAGAAAAAUGCGUCGUUAUUGAGGAA